GGAGAAAGCAGUAAUACCCAUCUGCUCUCACACAGAGAAGUUUGCCUCAGCAGCUGCAUCUUGAUCAGAGAAAGAUGGACAGCAGAUGUAACUGCUCGACCAGUGGUGAUAGGUCUUUAAAUCCUAUCCUUUACAACAUCUUGAGCCGAAUGGAUACUGGCGAACCAAGCCAACAGACCUUCAGCAACAGCUCAGCUCCUCACAAAUGUAACUGUGAGGUGCGACGGACAGUGUGCUUGCUCAGACCCUCGGAGGUCUGCAAGGACGCUUCUGCAGUUCUGGUCAAAACUGUCCACUUCAUGAGAAACCUACCGGCUUUCAAUCAGCUGCCACAAAGUGACCAGUACUCCCUUCUGAAAAGCUGCUGGGCGCCACUUUUCAUCCUGGGUCUGGCCCAGGAGCAUGUGGACUUCGACGUGACAGACGUUCCAGCAGACAGCCUGCUGAAGAAGAUUCUCCUGAACCGUCAGGAGAGCCCCGAGAUGGAGCGGGAGCAGCCCACCAUGGCAGGCGUCAGCAAACUGAAGAGCUGUCUGAAAAAGUUUUGGAGUUUGGAUUUGAGCCCAAAGGAGUAUGCAUAUCUGAAAGGGACCACAAUAUUUAACCCUGAUGUACCAGAGUUACAGGCGGGCCUUUUUGUAGAAGGACUGCAGCAGGAAGCUCAGCACGCCCUGAGCGAGGUGGUCCAGCUCCUUCAUCCAGGGCACCAGGAGCGCUUUGCUCGGAUCCUCCUCACAGCCUCCAUGCUUCAGGGCAUCACGCCCAGCCUCAUCACCGAGCUCUUCUUCCGGCCCGUGAUCGGCCAGGCCAACUUGCUGGAGCUGCUGGUCGACAUGCUCUUUUGUAGAAAUCCAUAAUAACUGUCAAGACUCUGGAGAAAGUCCCACUAGCGAAGUGAUCACGCAGUGUUACUUGCAAGCUCCAAAAAUAGACAAAAGAAACUGUUAUUUUUCUACAUGGGGUUAGGCUUUGCUUCCAUUUUCAAAGAAGCUGUGGUCAGGUUAGCCCAACCUGAGCAGAAAUUCUCUUCUAAAAAGAAAGCCUUGUCUUUCCACAGACUUUGUCAUUCUGUCACUAUACUUGAUGUUCUUUUUUUGUUGUUUUAUAUUAAUGUUACUUACUUCAACACAAAGACUUGAAAUAAAUAUAUUUUUAUACAUGAAUGCGGUUGUGACCUUCAUUGGGUACCACGACACUCUCAGACUCACAGCUCAGCUCAGCUAUCGCACUAUGGAAAUAUUUUUUUUAAUUCCUUCAAGUGUAUCCAAGGCAAGAAUUUGAGU